AAAAGUGUAUGCUGGGAACUUCAUGCCUCCCGUAUGUCUUCCCACUACAGUAGCAGACCCACUGUGUUAAAAACAAGGCGAUACGCUUGUUCUCAGUAUUUUAAAUUCGCUUUUAUGCUUUGAGUCCACAGGUUGCUUUUCUUGUUAAAAGCAUUUCCUUUCUUACCACCUUAAACCUAGGCUUUCUGGAUACUUUGAGAGACCUGUUUGUUUAAUCAUAUUUGGUAGCUUUGUAGAAUAUAAUAAAACCAUAAAUUAUUUAUACAGUUUCAAGUUGUUGGGAUUCUUAGCAUGAUAUACUGAAUUUUGAGAUUUCGAGUUAGGAUUCUUGUUUGCGGAUGUAUUCCUCCUCUCUAAAAGAAGUUUGGGAAGUUGUUGACCUCAGAAGAUGAAAGAGCUGGUUAUAGUUGGUAGAAUAACUCCCCGCCCUCUCCCGAGACUGUAAAAAUGAGAUAGUGACUGUAGUACAACAAAAAAUAGCAUAUCGAGAAAAUGCUACCUUCUGAAAUAAAUGAUAGAGGAGUAAAAAAAAAAAAACCAACCUCACCCCAGUGAAGAAUACUGAAAGAUGGACUGUGGGAAGUGAGAUGAACGAUUCUAUUUUUAUUUUCAAGACUUUUGGUGAAGUUCGAAUUUAUAUUGGAGCAAAUACGGAUGUGAAAAGUAAAACACAUGUUCUUGGUCACCACAGCAAACAACCUCUUCAGGAUAGUUAGAUUUACAAUAAACAUCAAGAAGAAACUUGACUGAGAAGAUGCCUUUUUAGCACAAAUGACCGUCCCAGAGGCUUGAUGUCGGAUUUUGAAAUUCCUGAAUCUCUUCAACUUAAUGUAUUUGGCCAGAGGAGGCCCAAAACUUUUGGGUUUUUGGUCAGAGAACAAAAGAAAGAAAAAUAUUUCCCCACUGAAAGAGGAAUGUCUGAAAUCCUUACAUCUUUUGAUACAUUUUUUAAUAUGGAAAGCUCUGGAAAUCUAUUUUGCGAAGUACUGGAGUUCCAAAAUGAGGGUUGAGGAGAACUCAACAAAAAGUUCUCUGACCUGGUGGGGGAAAUUAGCAGAGUACGGAAAGACAUGUAUAACGACACAUUAAAUGGUAGUACGGAGAAGAGAAGUGCAGAAUUACCAGAUGCUGUGGGACCUAUUGUACAGUUACAAGAGAAACUAUAUGUGCCUGUAAAAGAAUAUCCAGAUUUUAACUUUGUUGGAAGAAUCCUUGGGCCCAGAGGACUAACAGCUAAACAGCUUGAGGCAGAAACAGGAUGCAAGAUAAUGGUCCGAGGGAAGGGCUCAAUGAGGGACAAAAAGAAGGUCUCCUUUAAGAGCAGAGACAACCAUGAUCCAGCUGUUUUGGAGGUAGAGGAAGAACAGAACCGAGGCAAGCCCAACUGGGAACAUCUGAAUGAAGAUUUACAUGUACUUAUCACUGUGGAGGAUGCUCAGAACAGAGCAGAAAUAAAACUGAAGAGAGCUGUUGAAGAAGUAAAAAAGUUACUGAUACCUGCAGCAGAAGGAGAAGACAGCCUUAAAAAGAUGCAGCUGAUGGAGCUUGCAAUUCUGAAUGGCACCUACAGAGAUGCCAACAUCAAAUCACCAGCCCUUGCCUUUUCUCUUGCAGCAACAGCCCAGGCUCCAAGGAUUAUUACUGGGCCUGCGCCUGUUCUCCCACCAGCUGCCCUGCGUACUCCUACGCCAGCUGGCCCUACCAUAAUGCCUUUGAUCAGACAAAUACAAACCGCUGUCAUGCCAAAUGGAACUCCUCAUCCCACCGCUGCAAUAGUUCCACCUGGACCCGAAGCUGGUUUAAUUUAAACACAAUAUGAAUAUCCCUACACGCUGGCACCAGCUACAUCAAUCCUUGAGUAUCCUAUUGAACCUAGUGGUGUAUUAGGUGCGGUGGCUACUAAAGUUCGAAGGCACGAUAUGCGUGUCCAUCCUUACCAAAGGAUUGUGACCGCAGACCGAGCCGCCACCGGCAACUAACCUAUGACCUUCUGACCUCUGAACUCUUCACCCAAUGAUGACCUGACCAUGCCUGCCUGCUGAUCAGUUAACUGGUAAACGCCUUUGCUUGCCUGUCUUCAGUGCAGCGAGCUGGGGCACUUGUCCGUUCGUCUUACCAUCUAACAAAACAGACAGAGAAAUUGUUGUCCUCCAACUCCGCUUUUUGUUGUUCUCCUGUUUGGGUGAAAGUGGUUCUAGAACCUGCACUGAAUAGUAGUAAAGCAAUAAGGUCCAACUCAUCCCUCCGCACUGAUCAUCCUCUAGUGUCCCGCCCCAAGCGAACGGUAAGGAGGCCUCGCACGAGAUGGAGACAGAUGUCCCUUAACUACCCGAUGACAGAGGCAGUUACUGUGAGAGACUUCUAGGAAUAUUUUUCUUCUCAAAAAAAAAAAAAAAAAAAAAAAAAAAAGAAAAAAAAAAGAAGUCAAAGCUCUCUCUGAAUGUACUGUGUGAUGAUGCAUCAUGCAUGAACCUUUGGUCAGGGAUGUCAUUGGGGAAGGGAUUCCAAAAAGUAUUCAAAAUUUGAUACGCUGUUUAGUCACUACCGGUGCCCUCAAAGGGCAGACAUUGCAGCCUUUUUUCUAUUGCCUGCCAAAUUGGACGUUUUAAAGGAAAGUGUGCCAUGAAAUGCAGAUUACGAUGACUUUUCAGAACUACGUUAAUGCAGAGAACAAAACAGCAACACUAUUAAAGCAAAAUCUGAGUUUAAAUUAUUUUAACCAUAUUUUAAUCUCCUCAGAAGAUUACAUGAGAACAAGGUACAUGCAUUAUGUGUCACAUUACUGGGCAAACUGUUCAAAUAUUUUUUUUAAACCUCCCUGUAUAGAAAAAAUUUCAUUAAGGAUGUAAAAGCCAUGCUUGCCUAUUUGCUGUAUACAUGUAAUGAAAUUGUAGAUAAAGUGUAGUGCAUUGAAACAAAAUGAACAAAAAAGUAGAUACUUUUACUAUACAAGGGUGCUGGUGCAGAAAAAAAUAUAUUUUUGGAAAUGUAGCAUUUUAUACUUUCAAGUGUUAUAAAAAAAGAAAAAAAGAACAAAGAAACCCUUUAUUUCAUUAAAUGAUUUUUUCUGGUGGUUGUCAAGAAACAAAAGACCAAAAGAGCCUUUUAGUCUUUCUUUUUUAUUUUUUAAGUAUUGGAAUAAGUCUAAAGAAAAGGAAGUGCCUUAUUUUCUUCAUGGUCAUUUAGUCAAAUGUCUUGUAUAAUCAGCUUCUCCCUCAGACAAGUUACUGCAUGCCACUCAGUCGCCCAGUAUGUGAAAGAAGCUGUGAGGAAAGACAAAUGAUGAGUUGACCAUAUUAAUUACCUGAUUUUUGCCAUACUAGCGUGAUGUGACUUUGCCAAAAUCUCACUACGUAAAAUAUUUGCUAAGUUUUUGUCAAACCAGCCCAUCGUUAUUUCAACCACUCUACUUUUUGAAUCAUAGCAAACGCCGUACUUGUGCAAUGUAAACCAAAGGGUUCUGUGAUACAGACUGCCUCAUGCUAAAUGAGACUAUUAGCUGACAAAUGUUUGUAGAGCUGGAAGUAUGUCAUUUGUGUUCAGGGAUGGAGAGGAGUUUUCUUGAUUUUUGGUUGGAAUAAAUAUGCGUCAAAUACAGUAGGCUUCGGCGUCACCCAGAAAACUGAUGUUCUGUGGAUAAUGAAAUUGAAAGUGCUUAGCUAGCUUUCAGUUACAGUCUGAGCCUGUCCCCGGUUUUCGCAAGCAGCUCCUGCAGUGGCAAACAGCAUGCAAGUUAUUUAUUUUUCAGCCCUUCUUCAACUGCUGUUAGAUCUGUCCGCUGGCUUUUCUUCGUAAGAUAAGCAGGAGAGGGACAUCAGCUAGUUGUUUGAAGUCCAGCUAUACUUUAUUUUUGACCUUCAUUUCCACAUGAGAUUCAUACAGCUGGGCAAUUGCAAGAGCUGAAGCUGUUGAACGCACAGUAUUUGAUUCUGAAAACAUUAAGUAUUACUUCGCGUGGGGCUCAGUACUAAACUUGGCAAAUAUCAGGUGAUAACUUUAUUCCCCUCUUGUCAACUUAUUCUCCUCCUGCAAAUCUUCACAGCUUCCAAAUGAAAGGUCAAUAGUAAGCUAAGAGGGCUUACAUUUUUAAGCACCUGCAUGGUGACCUCAUCUAACAUCUUGUCUCACCUGGAAAUAAUUAUCAGUUUAUUUACUAUGCAAUAGACAUUCAUCCUUUCGUAUUGAGCUAGCUUUUUGUUUAUUGUGCCACCGGCUUUGUCUUCCUGUUACACAUACAGUUGUGUUGAUUUUACUUACAGUAUAUGCUGUGCCAUUUUGAUUUUAUUUUGGUUGGUUGGUUGAAUAAACUUGCGACACUCGAACAUUUGAAGAGAGAUUUGCUAAAACAAUACCAGUAUUUGAUCCAGUUUCAUCUCAACUAUGAUAAAACCUGGACAUUUUAGAUGUUUAUCAAAGGUCUUUUACUGGGGGGGAGGGGAAGUGUAUGAAAUAGAUGUGUGACAUGUGAAAGUAAUGUUUGCUCUGAACAAACUUCUGAAAACUUAGUUGACAAAAUUUUGGAUCAACUUAAAAAAAAAAAAGCAUGACUUUUGAAAUCUCUGAAUGCCUUGGUUCUCAGUAUUAUCAUUCUUUAAUGACUUUUUCUUUAUUAAAAUAAGUAGUUUUAAGACUUCUUUCUGACAGUAUUAUGUAAUUUUUUUAGAGUGGGUAGAUGGGAGUGUCGCUUGUAUGUAACCGUACAGAUGACAUGUAUUUGUCUAUUCUUUAUUAUCUUAGUAGUUUCAUGCUAUGUAUGUACCAUAACCAACCUAUUGCCUAUGAGAAACAUGUAAGAUAAUGUAUUUACAGCCAUUGUUACAAGUUUAUAAUGUAUUUUUCUAUCUUGUUUUAUAUGUAUGUUAUAUAACAUUCAAAAGAAUUUUUUUCCUGAUUGAGAAAAAAGGAUACAAAAUGCAAAACCCACAAUUUUGAUAACUGAAAAAUUGCCAAUUGUUUUGCAGUACUUUAUUAUAUCGGGAGUGUUGUCUUUCUUGGGCUUUUAGUUAGCUACUGGAUGAAUACAUUAGACAUAUUUGGGUUUUAGUUGGGUUUUUACAUAGCUUGCAUUUUAAUUCUUUGGUUCUUUGCUGUUUCUAUUAACCCAUAGCAUUAUUUUAAUAAAUGUUAUAAUACCAACCUACUAACUCUGGACUAUGUCUGUUUAUUAACCAUUACAUGUUUAAUUAAAAUAAACAAAUAAAGACGGAAGAAUGUAAAGUCUUGAGUUACUGGACUAACCCUGAAGAACGUGACCACAGAUAACACAACGUGACUUGUUUUUAUGUUGUUUGUCGGCUGACAAUUCUGCACACUACUAUUAAGUUGGCUUUGGUCAUUCUGGCCUUUUACCUUGGGGAAUAGGUGCCAGUAGAAAUGGGAACAAAGUAGCAUUUUUUGAGGCAUUCUUCUCGUAGAGUCUUGCCACUUGCCUUUCAGCAUCUGCAUUACUAAUUCCACACUUUCUUUUUCUUUCUCUAAAAUAAUUACUGUCGGCUCACAGCAAAAGAGCAAAGAUGCCAGUGUAUUGGUAAACCGUGAUGGUGUACAGAAACCAGUUUGAUUCUUUGUUGAACCAUUCGGAGGUCGCAGUUAAUCUCGUAGUAAUUUGUGAUUUGUUGUUUUUGGCACCUGGUUCACCGUUGCAUCAUGUGACAUUUCUAAGCACAAAAUACUUCUAGACAGGAUUACUGUACAUUGAAAUAACAAAAUCCAGGGGUUUUCCUUGCCAAAAGUGCCUUAUUUUCUUCAUGCCAUGCUAUUUUUAAGUAACUUUUUUUUUUUUUUCCACUUCUGCUAAAGUCUACCAGUAUUGCCUAGCUCAGGGGAGUACAAUUUCUGUAAGCCAAAGGUCGAACUGGAUCAUUUCCUAAUGACUGCAGAAAGUACAGAAAUACACCUUUCACUAAAUUACCAAGCAACUGCCAUUUCAAAUCCCAGGGCUGCCUCUAUGUGAUCCUUAUCCCCGUGGGUGACUGUAGCAACAGGAAUGCAGGGAACUGAAAUAGUGAAGAUGCUGGUUUGAAUGUACAUCUAUGCAAAUACUUUUACAGAAACGUUUUUCUCUCUUAAAGCUUCUUACGUCUGAGGCUCCUUUGCAUACCCUGGGUCGUCCUCCUAGAUUCGUAAUCCUAAGUGGAUGGUAAUUACAGCUGAUGCUGAGGGAGACCCUCGGUGUAGAUCACUCUGCAGAUAUCAACAGGUUUUGUGAAAGCCCAGUUUUUUCCUGUAGACAGUAAAAAUUCAGAUGAGGAGUCUUUGCAUCUGUUUAAAUGCCUUCUUUAAUUUAUGAUGUUACAAAACUACGUAUCUUGAAAUCCAUGCGAUAUAAAACUUUUAAUUUUAAAAGGUUCUCACAGUAUUGGUAGUAGUAAUUAAAAUAGAAUGCAUCUUUAUUUUACAGAGGAAAAAUAAUCUAGCUCUGAUGAAAACAUUUGUUAGGUUUUUUUAAUGGCAUUUAGCUCUUUAUUUGUUUUACAAAAAUGUAUAGGUACAACUGAAAUACCAGUGCAUUUAGAGUAGUUUCACUUGUACAGAAAUCUUUUUAGGUUAACAGGUUGUGAAUAUCUUACUAUCCUACAAGUCAGCCACAGGCAGAUGAUAAAAAAAUCAGUCCUUUGCAACCGACAGCAUCAGGACCUUUUGGCUGGAUAAUGGCAUGAGUAUCUUUUCAGAGCAAGCAAUUUAUAUUCCUAAAGAAUUUUAUCAGAGGCACACAUUUAAACUCGGUGAAGUACUCCCUCCAGUUCAGGUGAAACUAUUCAGAUGGGACAAAAGAUUAGUAUUUUAUAUUGAAGAGUACUUCUAUUCCCAGAACGACUGCUUUUCUGUAAGAUUUUUAUUAUUUUAUAUUUUUAUUAGAUAUGAACUACUGUGAUACUUUGUCCACAGUGCAUUUUCAUCUCAUUCUUCAUUAUAUGCAGUGGUGAAAGUUGCUCUAAGUUCUUAAGUACCUUAAAGCUGGAGGACAGCAAAAAAAAGGAAAACUCUAAAAUCAAAAAUUUAUACUAAUUAUUGUUGUCCGCCAAAUAUGUUUCUCAGUUUACCUAAGUGCCUGUCUAAAAAUUUAACUUUUAUACUCUGCCUGCUUAUAGGAAAGAAACAGGGUAUUUUUAGAACUGAAUUUGUUGAUGGCUUCGGUAUUGUUACAUCACUGAAGCUAGGUUGUUCUUUUUCAUUAUUCUAGGGUUAAAUUGGCCUGUCAUUUGAAAGAUCAUACAUUCAGGUCAAUUAGAGAGUUGCUGUUCCAGCCAAUAAAGGGUUUUAUCUUAGGGUAAAUAUAUAUAUAUAUUUGUUUGGGUUUGUUUUUUUUUUUUUUUUUAGUGGAUAAAAAUAUAAACUAAAACAGGAUAGAGCCUUUCAAAGUAAAAUCGGAGCAAUCCUCUUCACUUCUUAAAAGUGAACUGUUGUACCAGAGUACAACAAAUUUGGUUUCUCCGAGAGUAUUUUUUUUUUGGAGUUACGAAUCCAGAAUAUAUUUUGUAAAGAGUCUUCAGGGACAUCUCUCAAAUGUUUUUAAUGAACAUGUGUUCGCUGCAUACUGACAAUAUUUUAUUUGAACAUAUCUUUAAAAAGAAUGUGCAAAAUCUGCAUGCGAUGAAUGGUUUAUUCCCAGGUAGUACUCUUUGAGAGGGACCACUAAAAGGUUUUCUGCCCUGAAAACGUAGGGAGAUACUGAAAUGUGUUGCCAUCCAUUAAGAAAUUACUUUAACUUGAGGGAAACACGAGUGUGCGAAGCUUAAUUCUUUGUGUCUGGGUAAAAAUAGCAGUCAUCAUAAAUAGCGCAUUGUACAGAACGGAGCCUGGGUAACACGUUCCUAGGGUUGAAAGUGCAUAACUGUUACUGGAAUGUCUCUUUUGGUUUUGAUAUAUUUGAUAUAUUUUUCUAAAACACUCUUAAUGGAAUACUGUCCAAAUAACACCUGAACCAUAACAUUAACACAUGGUAAUCAAUGUUGAAUCAAACUGGUUAACAAAAAGUACAGUGCUCUUCCUUCUCUGUGCCUGCGCACUAAUUGGAGGUGGAAUGGUUCGGCGUAGGAGGUGGGUGUCGGGCACGGCAGGUUGCGGUGCUGAUUCCUUGGUGCCAGCGGUUCGGAUGUCCGCCUUUGACAACAGACUAACUGGGAGGAAUCUGACUCCCAAGGCAAAGUUUAACUGAGAUCUGCAACUCUUAGAAGAAUUAAUUGAAAAAAAAAAAAAAAAAACGAGCAGCAACGAAACAACAUAUAUCAUAUAUGCUUUGACUUGUAUUAUGGCAGUUUGUGUGAAACAUAUAAGGGUUUGUUUGUGCAAAAUAAUGUAUUCUGAGGGGAAAAACAAACAUGGACAUUGCCAAAACACAUGUAAAUAAAACACCAUUUAUGACUGUACAUUAUGUGCAAUAAAGUAACUGGAAAAAGUGCAUGUACUUUAUCCUCAAAAGCAAACUGACAGCUCUCAAAGCUGUAGCUAUAGUUUUAUUUUCUGAAAAGUUAAAUUUUAUUCUGUAUCUAAACAGCAGAAUAAAGAAUGUACAUUUUUCACACCUCAAUUUUCAUUAAUGCUUUUAGCAGUGUUAUGAAAGAUGUUAAUUGUUGAAAAGGCUUAAAUUUUCACGGUCAUCUGACUACCAGGGUAUUUUUUGCUGAACAGUUUCUUACUGCAUUUGCUGUUGUUGUCUGUAACUGUAAAUGAAGCAAGCAUGCAUUGCAUACCGUAAACAUGCAAUGCACAUUUUGAAUAUAGAUUUGUGGAUGCCCCAAUUCUAUACAUUUCACAAAGAUGACCAAGUGAUGAUGAUGAUGUACUUCUGCAAGCAUCACUGUUACAAUUGUUUGGAGCAAAUAAGGAAAGGGAGUACCACUUUGUAGCAGAGCCAGGAUACUGGUUUGGGGUGGGGGUUCUGGUUACUAUAGAAAAAAUGAAGAUGAUAAAUCUGCCACCCUACCUAGUGUGAACCUAGUGAGAAACACAUUUUGGAGAAGAAAUAGAUUAUGGCGGUUUAACAUUUUCAUUAAUAUUUAUGUGAUGAUCCCUGGUAAGAAAAUUUCUUUACCAAGGUAUUCUUUGAUAAAAAGCCCUACUUUACAUUGUUUAAAUAAAAAAUGGUUUGCCUCAGAAGUAGGUGUACAAUAGAAAAGGGUUAAAUGUGGCGUCUUUAGGAGUCUGGUAGAAUAGGGGAGGCUAAAUACCAGUGUUCGGGUACAAUUCCUCUCCUGCACUCUUCCAGGAAGGAAGAAAAAUUUGGCAUAACUAGCGUUCGAAGAUAUCUUCCACUCAACAAAGUGGUGGUUUGGUUGUACCUGAGCUAGCUUUAAACUCCUAGUUCAUCGAAUGUAGAGAUGCGGUGCAACAUGUGCCCCUCGAGGAGGUAAAGCAGCCCUCGACACCUUUGUUGUUACUCUGGAUGCCAGCGCAAGCACGCCCCUGCACUGCAGCCCUGGCUCGAAGCGUGGGCACGGCCUCACCUGCCGCGCUGUCUUUGGCUGUGCUGUGCAAACCCCCUCCUUCAUCCACCCAGACCCCUAGAAAGCAGAAUGGUGAUCAUCUUCCUUGUCUCCUGCACCAAGUCAGUAAUAUCUAUGAUCACGUUCACGCUAGGAAUUGCAUUUAUUGGUCUACAAAUUAAAGUUAGAUGUGGAAUUUAAUGACUGGAAAAUUUCUAUCAACGACUUUACUACUGUUCUACCAAUGCUUUCUGCAAAAGCGUUUUGGUACGUUUAUGGCCUAACAUUACUAGAUGUCUCCUGAACACUUUUACUACAGUUACUGUACUUCCCUUGAGAAAAUACAAACUUAACCAUUAUCUCUGUCAAAAUAACGAGAGGCAUUCAUACCAAAGAGUGCAAAAUGCAGCAUCUGAAAUUAAUGUCUUUGGCAUUCAGGUCUGCCAGCAAAAGUAGAAAGAGAUAUUAUACAACUGUUUUCUCAAUAUCCAUAUCAAGUUCUCAAACAGUUAAAAAUAGACAACUGACAGCCAGUUCCUCUUGAGUUGAGCUCUUCUAAAAAUUAUUAACCACAGAUAACCAGUAACUCCCCAAACGAUACGUUUUAAAGUUUUUAUUACAAAACAGCAUAGCAUAUAUUUGCCUUUUCUAAUUUCUGUCACUGCAUUUUCAAAGUGUUUUCAUCUUCAGCAACAAACAAGGUUGGCUACUUUGAAUAGUAAACUGAACAAUCUCAGAGGUGAGCUUCAAGGAAAAACCACCAAAUAAUGGCACGCCUCACAACACUGCAUCGUUUCAGCAGCUCAUCAGUAAAUAAAGGUGCUUUCUCUAAAUUUUACCUAUUCGUAAACCCCUUAUGCAGACAAGAGGCUAAACAGAGAAAUGGCUUUUGUUAGCGGGACCUUUUCAGAAUGAAUUCUGUCGAUUUUGAGUUCACUGGGGGUGGCCUUUCUGAAACAGGUCGUACUGCCACUGCCUGGAGCUAGGAAGACCCCAGGUCCUCUUGCCGUAGGUCGGUCAUUCAGCAAGCGGUUGUCUCGGUGUUACUUCUGGUCUGCUUUCAUAGUCUCUUAAAUUAUGAAGAUGAAGCCUCAGCUUUUGUAUCCAGAUGGGUUUGUAUCAUGAGAGAUGUAUCAGUCUCUACCUUGGAGGGCAGUGUUUUAAAGGGGCAUCUUUUUAACUGAAGUUACUACAGUAAAAAGGCAAGUUGUGUGAGCAAGAGUAUUACGGGAAAUGUUACCAUACAAUAAAGAUACUAGCAUCCCUGUUUCGGAGUCGCGCUGGUUUGUGUGCAUUAGAAAUGCACAAUGUAAUAAUAGUGUAAUAUUCCCUUCUUGUUGUGUACAUCUUUCCAACUAUGAUUUCCAGAUUCUGUUGUUUUGAUAAUUUAUAACAGUGGACAAGGUGGUUUUCAUGGGACUCAGAAUGUACCUUUUACAGAUCAGAGAUAGUGAAAUGACAAGAUACUGCAAAUCACUCCUACGUAUAGCCUUUCCACGGAGCACAGCCUUUUUCAAAGGAAGGUUUUAAGGUCUUGGCCUCAGAUAUUAGGUAAUAUAUGGUAAAAUUGUGAUGCAGGAAGCAUAGUUUAUUUGUUAGCCUACCUGUUAAUCUCCAAAAGUUUAAACAUCUGUUACCAGUUCUAAGAUGUUACUGCAUGUUGACUGUCACGGCAAAAUCCAUAUCUCAUUUUUAACAUGGGCACAAUCUAGAGACCUUCACAUCCAUACUACGCUAGUAAGUCUCUCGAUCAUUUAAUGGUAAAUCCAGUACUGCAGAGGGGACCACAGGGCCAUGACUUGCAUGCUCUUGUGUGACUUUUCCCAUAUAACCUUAGUGAUGAGACAAUUUUGAUUCUUUCCCUGAAAGGCAACGGAUGAAGCAGAUCUUCAGCUUUGUUUCCGAGAGAAAAUAGGAAAUGUGUACCUAUCUGGACUGAAAGAAGAUAAAGAAUAACAAUAAUGUCAGAGCUUUGAAUCCUGUCCUGAACAGAUUAAUAGAAUUACUUUGGACUUUGUAUGAGCCAGGAGGAGGAGGAGACAAACCUAGACAAGAGCAGCAUUGUCAAGAAGCCCAUGCUGUGUUGUCAAGAAGUUCAUCAGAGACUGUAGGCUGGAAUUUUAAGUGAAGAAAAUGGAAAUCAUCUCAGUCCUUGAAGAGCUGGUUUGCCGUAUCUCUCUGUUAUCUUAAGGAAACUUGCUAAUUUCUCUAUUGGAAAUCUUUUCCUUCUUCAGCCUAGUUUGAAUUUCAUGUUCUUUUGUUCUAAGGUUCUGCCCUGCCCCCUUCUGCGCCACCUUACAUUUCAUAGACAAAUCCUCCCUUCAUUAGGAUGGCCAGGUGGUGCAGUUCUUCCUUGGUAUAGAAAGACUGCAAGAAAGUGUUCAGGUCUAAAUCAGGAUAUGCAAGUACAAGAUUAUUUAGAAAGCCUGUUUUAAAUAUAUGUGACUUGGUCCAAGCAGGUGGGAAUGUGACCACGGCACAAAUCUGACUGUGUUUGAGAUGUUUCUUUUAUUGCUGAUGAUUUGUGCAAUUUUGGGCAAGACCCUUGCAGCCAAAUCCACAAAAACACAGCACUGGAAGUGGGAAUUAGACCUUAUUCGAGUGUCAUGAUAUGGAGUGUUAUUACCUAGCUUUUCAACAGAAAAUUCCUUUUGUGUUAUUCCGUAAGAGAAAACACCAUCAACUUACCUUCUUUUGUCCGCUUUUAGCAGCAACAUCAACAAAAAAGAAAACCCUGGGUACCCAGAGACAACAUACCUGCUCUCGUGUGGAGGGGGAAGUGCUGGUCAAUAAAUCCCUGGCUUUCAGCUGCACCCACAGUAACUACCUUAGCAGCUCAGCUGCUUGAGUAUGUCUCUCUCCCCGUUUUCACGUGCACAGCCUAUAUGGUCGUAACCUGGCCAUUUGUGUCCCCCAGCUACCCAUAAAGAAGCUCAGUACUGUUUCACUCAAGUCCUUUUGUUGCUCUUGUUCUGAAUCUUUGUACCUCAGUUCCUCACCAGUGAAAUGAGGUUAAUAGGAGUAGCCCA